AUGAAUCACGACACUUUCUCAUCCUUCAAAUUUCGCCGUCCAUCGAGCAAACUCCAUAAGGACCCCCCUAGCUAUGGUUCACGACCCCCCAGCACACAACAGAACCCGACAUCUCUGAAACGACACCCCUCUGCGCCAGUGUACCCGCGAUCCUCUGCUGCUGGGAGCCGCGAACAUCUGCGCACCAGGUCCAACGCAUACGGAUCCUCAUCGUCAUCACUCGAUCAGAAUAGCGCGGGCGCGUCUCCGGUCCUCGGGAACAACGAAUCCCCCCAACUACACAGCAGCCAAAGUUCUUCUCGAUCGCGUCCUCCCUACUCCGGGCGGCUUUCCUUAAACGACCAAAGCUCAGAUGAAUUAAUUGGCGCCCCGUUCGACUCACGGGGUAUGUUAAGCGCCCUGGAAGAAAACACCGCAGAGUCCGACAGGAGCUACCAACCACCAAAUCCCACUGAAAGAUUCGAAAAACCCCCAAAUUUCCGAUCGCAGACUGCCCCCAACGCACGAGCUUUGAGACAGUCGGCAAGUUUUACCACUCUGCAUCCCCGAAUGGAGGGCCUUCCGAACUCAGGUAGCAAUGACCGUUCAGCUAAUACGAAGCGUUUCUCCGAUGAGACCAACCCGGUCAGGCCCGCUGGGCCUAACAGGAGUAAGAAGAGUAGCUUCUCCAGCUUUGUCAACAGCAUGCUAGGCUCGCCUCGUGGCAUUAAAAUUUCGGCGCCAGAAAACCCCGUCCACGUCACCCAUGUUGGUUAUGAUAAUCAGACGGGUCAAUUUACGGGCUUACCGAAAGAAUGGCAGCGGUUGUUACAGGAAAGUGGUAUCACACAGAAGGAGCAAGAAGAACACCCGCAGACGAUGGUUGACAUAAUGAGAUUCUAUGAGAAAAAUGCCCGGGGAGAUGAUGAGGUUUGGCACAAAUUUGAUCACGCUUACCCUCAACAUCAAACAUCCGCUAGUCCUGUAUCCCAGCAGGCAGGCUCCGCCGCAUAUGGCGCGCAACGGACAUCCCCUCCUACUAGCCCUCGAUUUCCUCAAAACCACGAGGGCAGUUUUGAAAACCCACGGGCACCACCCCCGAUUCCCCGCGCCUCUCCUGCUAUGACCCAGGCUAUGUCCCCACCAUUAGGAACCCUUGUACCUAAUCGAGCACCCCCCAAACCGCCAACAGCUGCCAGCAUGGUUCCGAAUCGCCCUGCGCCACAACCUCCUACUACGAACCCCUACGCCUCAAACAGGGCGGCCCCAGAAACCCAUAGCCCGCAAUUUAGUACGCCUCCCAUCCCGGAAACUGAACCCUUGGCUUCAGAGCCCCAAAGGAGCCGUUCAAAUUCCAAGACAAACGGGUCGCAGGGACAAUGGUCUGUUACUCCCACUCAAUACCAACAGCAGCAGGAGCAAGCAAUGGCUGCAGCCCAGCAGGCUCUUGCUCACAAACAACUCGAACGAAGCCGCAGCCAACGCCAGCAGCAACAGUCUCCACGAUUAGACCAGAAACCGGUCGCUCAACCGGCGCCUCAGCACCAGGCACCAGCCGAAGAUAUCGCUCUAGCGCAAGCCUCCCAGAAUGCGCGUGCUCCACCGGCAGCUCGGCCUCGGCAACGGGCUCGCCAGAGCAACGCCAUGGAUGUCAGAGGGCGGUUGGUUGCGAUUUGCACACCUGGAGACCCGACGAAGCUCUACUACAACUUGAAGAAAAUUGGUCAGGGCGCGUCUGGUGGCGUGUUCACAGCUUAUGCAAACGACUCGAAUGAAUGUGUUGCCAUUAAGCAAAUGAACCUGGAUUUGCAGCCGAAGAAAGAUCUGAUCAUCAACGAAAUCCUGGUGAUGAAGGAUAGCAAACACAAGAAUAUCGUCAAUUUCUUGGAUUCCUAUCUUCAUGGGCUAGAUCUGUGGGUGGUCAUGGAAUACAUGGAGGGAGGUAGUCUUACCGAUGUUGUUACUUUCAACAUAAUGAGCGAGGGUCAAAUUGCUGCCGUUUGCAGAGAGACGCUCAAUGGCCUGCAGCAUCUCCACUCAAAGGGCGUAAUCCAUCGCGACAUCAAAUCGGACAAUAUUCUCCUUGCAAUGGAUGGUAACAUCAAGCUGACCGAUUUUGGUUUCUGCGCUCAAAUCAACGACUCUCAGAACAAGCGAAAUACUAUGGUUGGUACACCGUAUUGGAUGGCUCCUGAGGUUGUGACGCGAAAGGAAUACGGUCGUAAAGUCGACAUCUGGAGUCUUGGAAUUAUGGCCAUCGAGAUGAUUGAAGGAGAGCCCCCUUAUCUCACCGAAUCACCUUUGCGGGCUUUGUACUUGAUUGCUACAAAUGGAACGCCGAAGAUCAAGGACGAACAUAAUUUGUCGCCUGUUUUCAAAGACUUUCUUCAUUUUGCUCUUCGGGUGGACCCUGAAAAGCGAGCUUCCGCUCAUGAUCUAUUGAAGCAUCCGUUUAUGAGUCUUUGCUCUCCUCUCAACCACCUUUCACCCCUCGUUAAGGCUGCACGUAUAAGCAGAGCCCAGGAGAAAGCCCAGAAGGGUGGCGUUUAA